UUACACACUUGGGAGGAAGGAGCCAACUGCAACUUACACACACACCUUGAGCCUGUUGCAAAUCAUGAAGCUCUUCUCGACUACCACCGCCGUCCUUUGCCUCGCCUCGGCGGCCGAUGGAUUCGUCGUCGCUCCUCCGUCAUCGAGGGCAAGCGUCGCUGCAUCCGGUAGGCAGUGCACACGAAUGGUGUCGCCUCUGCCCGCUGCUUCCGCUGGCGCAUCAUCGCUGACGACGGUGCUUCAGUCUUCCGUGGUGCCGUUGGUUGCUGCUGCUGGCGGGGUGGCGGAGCCGGGAACCGUCAAUGCGCCGGGAUGGGUUCUUCCGGCGGGAGCCGUCGCGGUGAUCCUAACUGCGGGACUGAUCCCCCUCCUGCUAAAGCCCGGGGACGACGCGGCUAGGGACAUGCAGGAGAGGGACGAGGGUCUGUGGGAGCAAAACAAAAAAUUGUAGAGAGGCAGUCACCUGUUUAGGGUAAGCCAACUGGGCGAAGAAGAUGAAGUACGUCGGUUUCGUUACCUCGUUCAGGGGCUGGGCGCCAGCCGCGGGGCGCGCGCAUGAUAGAGUGAACGCAUUAUAGAGUGAACGCACGCCGGGCCCAAGGUCGUCCUUCGAGUGUAGCUGGGCCGGAGAGGCUCACCGGCGGAAGGGGAAGGGCACAUGAGGCCGAAGGACCAGCGAGCACACAGCCACGGGGACUAUUUCCUUUGCGGAUGGGGGGAGGAGAUCGGAGAUCAUUGGGGGCUCGCGGCCGGCGCGUCGUCCUUCCGAGCGCAGUUCGUUUUCGCGUUUUCACGCGCUGAAGUAUUGGGUACAAUAGGGUUGAGAGCUGUUGUUGGAGGUCAGGGUUCCACGAAGCGUCAACAUCCACAAAGUAAGGCGACACAUACAACGACACAAUGCGUGGCCACAUAAGUUUUAUUUUUAGAGAAAAGGCUGCGCGUAUGUACGGGCUGAGUAAACGGGUGGAGAGCCCUCUAUCGUGAUGGCGAUGUACACACGCGCACGCCAAGUCCUCAGCCCGUUUUUGGCACUUGAGGCGCUGCGUUUUGAUGUGACAAUGGGCGAGAGCGUUCUAACCGCAGGAAUAGACAGGAAUGAACAACGACAAGUGUACCUCUCGCCCCUCCCUGCCGGCGGGGCCCUUGUUCUGCAGGCAAACACCAACAGCACAGAAUGACGCGAGGAAAAAGGUCCAGGGGAACAGAGAUGUGUUGAAGGCCUCGUAGUCGUUUAUCCGGUCAACAAAAGGCAAUGGGGAGAGCUAGAGGCACCAGCUUCCCGAGAUACUUUGAAGCCCUAUUGGCUUCAGAGUCUGUCACGGAAUUAGUUAUCACUACGUACAUUCACGAAGUACCUGUGACCACGUGAACGAAGCCCCUUCCUGAUUCCUGGAUGUACAUUGCCCUCCCGGCGGGGGGGGCGGGGGGGUGGCCGAUGUGUCAGGAAUUGUUUUUCACGUACGCCCUUGUCCGGAAGCCCAUUAAACCUCUGCACUGAACCCAUGUCCUACAGCGGGGUGCAGGUCAAUGACCAUGCCGGGCUCGAUCGAUGUAUGCAUUUAGUUUUGUUUGGUUAGGGUUCGCCGGGUACCGUUCACUAGAGGGAGCAUGCUAUGUCACGGGGCGUGGCGUACAGCACCUACCCCGUA